CGGCCAAAUAGGGUCUACACAGUAGAAGUACAGAGAGGAAAGGACAGUACAGAGAGAACUGACGGGUGUGGAAGUGUGGAAAGAGAAUGGUCCUGUUUGGAGUUGCAUUUAAAUCGAAAUGACAUAUUCUGAAAUAUUCUCCUGCUUUACAUCUACACGUACAAGCUUUCUGCUGGCACCUCCACAGUUUUCUGGAAGUACUGAGAAUGAGUCGGAAGCAGACACCUAGUGAUUUUCUCAAGCUGAUUAUAGGAAGACCUGUGGUAGUCAAAUUAAAUUCAGGCGUAGAUUAUCGAGGAGUUCUGGCAUGUUUGGAUGGUUACAUGAACAUAGCCCUGGAGCAGACUGAGGAGUAUGUCAAUGGUCAGCUAAAGAAUAAAUAUGGAGAUGCUUUUAUCCGAGGAAAUAAUGUGCUAUACAUCAGUACACAGAAGAGGAGAAUAUAGCAUUACAGUAAUUCGUGUAUAGAGGAGUUCAGUCAAUAUGAGGAUGGACAAUACAUAAGAUAUUUAAAGCCUUGCAGGUUACGUCUUAUGAACAGUUAUGUGCUCUUUCAAAACAACAGGUUUUACUUGACAUGGAUAAGAAAUAGUUGAGCGUUGAGUGUUUUGUUGGAGAGUCACAAGUAGCAAGACCUGCUUUAUUCAGGGCCAUAAUGCUGCCUUGUUGUUGGAAUGCAGUGAAAUUAAAUGUGCUUUCGAUUGACCUUGAAGACACAUAUGUAUCUGCUAAAACUGUUGUUUGCCACAUAAAGGGUCAGUGUAGAAGGCAUAGCCUUCUGUCUUGAUUCCAAAAAUCCUCCGAAAAGUACCUCAGAAAACAUGAUUGUGGCUUUAUGGGCUCUCCAAAAGCAUUUGCCUUUCACAUAUCGAAGGACUCCAAUGGCAGUGUCUCAGAAUCACUCACCUUAAUCACAAUUUGUUAAAAUUACUAUUGACAAACUUCAUUUAGCAGCCCUCAAACUUUUCAUCCAUAAUUUUGUUUGAUACAAAAGACUUUAUUCUCAUCCCUCACCGAAAGGCAGUGCACUGAAAAUGACUGCAUCACACUGCUUUUGACUGAAACCCCCACUGCAUAUAACUGUCUCAGGCAUAUCAUUUUUUCUUAAUGUUUUAAAACCACUGAUUUUGACUGAAAGACCACUGCAAAGCACUGCCACUUGCAUAUCAUUAUGAACGACGUAUUUCAAAAACACUGCCUAUGACUGAAAGACCACUGAUUUCCACUUCUCCAACUCUGAUCGAAACCCGUGGCAUUUUCAACAUGACUGAAAACCACUGCUUUAUGACUGGUGAGAUUAAGACUUGAUGGCAGUGUAAAGCAGUGGUAAUUGCAGUCAAAUUCAGUGUUAAAUAUCACCCAUAAUGCAACCUGAGACAGGAAGCUAGUAUUAAGUUUGAAUUUGAUAGUCAAACAUUCGAGAAAUCAUGGUAGCUCUUCAUAUUUCUCGAUAUUUACCCGAAUUUCAAUAUGAGAAGAGGGGAGUUUUAGUCAAUUUGAAUUGGAACACAUAAGGAGCCAAAUGAAUGCAAAAAGGGUAAUCUGGACAGACACUGAAGUUGUAUUUUCAGCAAAUCAAGAAGGCUGUAGGCCCUAUAGGUGUUGUAAUGCAUGCAUCACUGCAAGAUAUCUGCAUGUAUCUUAUCUUCAUGCAUCUACUGUAGGCCCUAUAGGUGUUAAUUGUAAUGUAUGCAUACACUGCAAAUUAUCUGCAUGGGAGCUCAAUACACAUCAAUCAGUAGAUCAUUAUUCUACAGGCCGCGUGCAGUUACUUUAUUUGGAUGUCAAUUUGAUCUAGCUUUAAUCCCUGACAUCACUGACAGUAGCUAUGUGCCAUGUGUCGUUUCAAUUGUCUAGUAACCCAUCUGACCACUGUCAUUAUGACAAAGUUUGCAAUGACGUAGGUCAAGGACGUGAAUUUGUCAUCUUUUUACUGUGUCACGUCAUCAUGCAAUGGCGAAGUCCUCUAUUUGUGCAGAUGACGUCAUCACUGCCAUAUUGGACGCAAACACACCGUCUAAAAAGUAAAAUAGGACAGCAAAAGUAACAGUUCGUGCCUGCAUGCCAUUAAAUAAAUUAUUCAUAUUAACACUGAAAAUGACUGCUCCCUCCAAGAGGUUUUGGAAAUGGCAGUCAAAAUCAGUGGUGUUUCAGUGUGGAUUCAGUGUGCUGCGAAAUAUUUAAAUUAACACUGAACCCCACUGCCAGCCCUGUGCAUGAUGCAUAGUGAGGAGUCAUUUUCAGUGUCAAAAGCAGUGGAAAUCAGUCAGCCUAAAUAUUUAAAUGAGCACUGCUUUUGACUGCCUUACCACUGAUUUUGACUGUCUUACCACUGCUUAUGACUCCCUAACCUCUAUUUUUGAUUGCUGUAUAACUGUAUGCUUUGGUAUUGCGUGACUGAAAAACACUCCCUAUGACUGCUUUCCACUGAUUUCAACACUGCCAUAAAAAUGUGAGGUAACACUGCAACCUGACUGAAUCCUGACUGAUAUCACACUGCUUUUCGGUGAGGGAUGUCCAUCUCCCAUUACCGAUCUUUUAGAUGAGACAUGGGUAGUAUUGGGUGUGUCAUGAUGAUUGAUUGGUAAGAUUCAAUGUGCUGUUGAUAAAUCAUGAUUCAGAUCAUAACAAAAUAAAUUUUGUACUUGUAUGAAGGCAUUUACAUGUAUGUAUAUUUAUCAUUUGUUCAUGAUGAGAAGUUUUGUACAAUAA